GUUGGCUAUACUGUGCGCUUCGAUGAUCUUACAUCUGAUGAAACUAGAAUCAAGUUUUUAACUGAUGGAAUGCUGCUUCGCGAAGCUAUUGGGGACCCUAUGCUGCGGAAGUACAGCGUUGUCAUCCUGGAUGAAGCCCACGAGAGGACGAUCCAUACUGAUGUACUCUUUGGAGUGGUGAAAGCCGCACAAAAGAAGCGAAAGGAACGGGGCAAACUGCCACUAAAAGUGGUGGUCAUGUCAGCUACGAUGGAUGUUGACGAGUUCUCCCAGUACUUCAAUGGAGCUCCUGUUCUCUAUUUAGAAGGCCGGCAACAUCCCAUUCAGAUCUUUUACACCAAACAGCCUCAGAGUGAUUACCUCCAAGCAGCACUGGUGUCAGUCUUCCAAAUCCACCAGGAAGCACCCUCUUCUCAGGACAUGCUGGUGUUUCUGACUGGUCAGGAAGAAAUUGAAGCAAUGACCAAAACCUGUCGAGACAUUGCCAAGCAUCUCCCUGAUGGCUGCCCACAGAUGAUGGUGCUGCCUCUUUAUGCUUCUCUGCCCUACUCUCAACAGCUCCGUGUCUUUCAGGCUGCCCCCAAGGUGAGGCGAUAUGAUGG